GUUCCCAGACAAGUCGUACCUCGGAUCGAGUUAAUUUAAUAAAAAAUGAAUACGACAACUCCAAGGAAUACUUUAUGGCAAUUGUUCGUACUACUCGCCAUCGGCCUGUUUGCUGCACCAGCUGUAGCAACCACAUUUGAUCCGGAUUUGAUUUGCACCCUAAUUGUAAAUGGCACUAAAAUCAACGAUCCUCGAGCCUGUGAUAAAUGGAUACAGUGCAUUAAUGACUUACCUGUUAAUGGAUCCUGUGCCGAGGGACUAUUCUAUGAUCGAGAGAGUGAAGUCUGUUUACCCUCUGCAGAUGUGGACUGUGUUUCCAGUGAUCCUUGCGCCGCUACUUCCAAUGGCUUUACGGCCGAUCCAUACACCUGCAAUGGCUAUUAUUACUGCAAGAAUGGCACUGGCACAAGGGGCGAAUGUAAUUCUGGGUUGAACUAUAAUCCCAGUACCGAAGCUUGCAUUCGCGAUUAUCCUUGCACCGACAAAUUGAACCCCGACAGCUAUUGUAACAUUCUGCCCGAUGGCGUCUUCAUUAAGGACACUUGGAACUGUGAUGGCUGGCAAAUGUGCUGGCAGGCAGAGCUCGUCAAUGGCACCUGUCCAGAUGGUUACUACUUUAGUGCGAGCCUGGGUAAAUGCGACUAUCCGCAGAACGUGCAGUGCGCUUUCACAGAGGCACCACCCCAAACAGUUCUUCCCGAUGUCUGUCCCAAAGCGGGCACCUUUAUCUCCGACAAUGAAACAUGCAAUGGCUACUAUUAUUGUCAGAAUACCACUCAGGGGCAAAUGGUUCUGGAGCAUGGCGUGUGCUCCGAUGGUCGCUUCUUCUCUGCUGCGAAUGGUGGCGCCUGCGUGCCACGAACUGAUAUACGUUGUGACUACAAUCGAUGCGUCAACAUGGGGAAUACAACGAUACAGCUGGCCAACCUGUCGGAUGAUGGAUGCACCGGAUUUGCUAUAUGUCAAAACGGUACCAUAAUUGCGGAGGCCGAUUGCCCAAACGGCGAAUAUUUCGACGAGUUGACUCAGCUGUGCACAACACAGGUUAUUUCGUUUGUAGCCUGUGCCCUAUCAUCGGAAUCAACAGAAUCGACGACAGAAAAGUUGAUCGAUGAGGAAAUAUCGACCACCGCAGCCACGUGAGCUGUAU